UCUUCUGGCGCUACGAUAUGGACGCACGAUGCAACAUCUUAGACUUAUUAUCGCUGUUUUUAUUUCUGGAAUCUUUGACAAAGCUCUAACAGCAGUGAUCCAAACACAGCAGACUGUGCUGGCAGCAGUGGGAGAAGAUGCUGAAUUCAGCUGUCAGCUCUUGGAGACUAAAGACGUCCUUCAGGUCACAUGGCAGAAAAUCUCAGGUGAUGGAGGGGAGAACGUUGCCACCUACAACAAGUACUUUGGUCAGAGAGUGAAUGCUGGAUUUACAGAUAAAUUUAAGUUUAAAUAUACUGGACUACAGAACUGCUCCAUAAUCAUCAGGAAUGUGACAGAGCAGGAUGAAGCCUGCUAUCACUGUCUGUUUAACACUUAUCCUGAAGGCUCCUUCAUGGGUAGAACCUGCCUCCAAGUCUAUGAGCUGCAUGAACCUGUUCUUGAUGUCAGAGAGUCAAACUCUACUGCAGAGUGGGUUGUUUCCUGUUCAGCCACUGGUCGACCUGCUCCCACUGUAACACUCAGUGUCUCACAACAACACCUCAACUUCUCCCAGUACAACACUGUCAGUGUGUCCAACACCAACGCUACAUUCACUGUCACCACUACAGCUGUGCUCUCAGGUUCACGGAGAAACAGCACACAGGUGGGAUGUGCAGCACGAGUGCUCUCUGCUCCUCAGAUAGAGGUCAUUCAGGUCAUUCCUGAGGAUGAUGAUCAUGAUGAUCAUGAUGGUGAUGGUGAUGAUGAUGAUGAUGAUUCCACCUGGAUCAUUGUAGCUGCAGUAGUGAUGCUGAUGCUCUUUGUCUAUGUUGUUGCUGCUGCUGCUCUCAUCACUGUCCUGCUGAAAGAAAGAGACAGGAAGAGGGACCCUGAGAAGAAUGAAACACUACAAAAAUCAAGUAAUGACAUUAACAGGAUCCAAACACCUUUAAUGAAGAAGCAGAGCGACGGGAUCAGGAGGACAAACACUGAAUAACAACAGACCAACAAAUGAUCAAAACCGUCACCUUCACCAGCACGAAGAUCCAAGCUGUGACUCAUAAACACAGCUCAGAGUAACACACUGUAACUGAUUCAUGUGAACGUGUAAUUUCUGCCAAGUUAGCUGACUCAGAGAAAUAUUCCAGCUAUAUGAGCUAAAUGCAGCGAAGCUGAAGGAACAGUUUUACUGUCAGUGUAGAAAGAUUCAGCUGUGUUGAGUAUUUAGUAUUUUUAGCAGCAGGUUGGAGAAUCGCUUUUAGAAAUAAUAAUGUGAAGUAAUAAUUUUCUGUGACUUCUUCAGUCACAGAUUUGUUCCUGUGCUUGGGAUCGUUCGAUCCUUCUCUGUUGCAGAUUUCAAUCGUUAUUUCCUAUUUUCUUAUAACACUGACAUUUCUGAU